AUGACAUUUCACGUACGCAGGCAUGAUCAGUCAGCACGCACCUUAGCAAAACAGUUACGUUUUAACCAUCAGAUGUCGUUAAAAAUCCUCCACGAUAGGUCUGCAGUAAUAAUAAUGGGUCUUUUGAUAGGAGUGUUUCUUGUUUGCUAUGGGAUGCAUCUGCGUUGGCGCUGUGUUUAAAAGAAUAUUACAAAGUUAACUAAAGCUUACCACUUGACGUGCGUAACUCAUUCUUGUAGGAUGUAAGUCUUUUAUGAACGAGUGUGAAAGGCUUGAGCAAUUCAGUAAAAGACUGAUAAACGUGUGAGGCUUGGACUCAAAGCGAAUUAAAAUUUGGAAAAAAUGGCGCAUUAGGAGAGAAAAUAAGAAUCUUUGGACCCUAACACAAUACAAAAUACAAGGGAUCCGGAAUUAGGACUUAGGACCAAGGUUCACAGGUGGUGUGAGACGCAAGUUCUUAUUGGAUGGAACUUUUUAGUUUCACCUCAUGACAUAGAGUAUAAUUUUGUGUUCACACCCUGCUACCAAAGCCCGCUUUGCUUCCACUUGCUCGAUUUUGGCAUACUCGAACAAGACUCUGCAUCAAUCGGGUAACAAAGGUAGCAUGAGCAUUUGCUGCUUUGUUGCUUGGAUAUAGUUGGGAACCCAGGCUUAAUAGCCGUGCGCUUUGUACAGCGGGCUCAUCGGUUAUGACCAUCAGUUUGUCAAUCUCAGUCUGAAACAGAUACCCACCCUCUGAAUAUAAUCUUGACGAGAGAAAAGAAGAUUGACAAGUUCGGAAGUUCGAGGUUUGGUGACUUUAUAAGGCAUGGCGCCAAUUUUCUUCCGCAGUGAGGUUGUUUGUUCAAUAGUCUUCGUACAAGUGGACUCUGUUAACGGCGAUAGAUUCCUAGAAUUUACCGAACAAAACUGAAAGAUUAGCUGUACGAUAUUCUUGUUAUAUGAAGUAAUUUCCUUGUUGAGAAAAACACAAAAAAAUGUAGUUGUUUUGUAAUCUUUCCGUGCAAGUUUAUUUCAGCUCAGUCCUGCAGGUGUGACUGAAAUGAUAAAAUCGUGUAAAGUGUAAAAUGACUUGUUAUUCAGAAAAAAACGUAGCUAUCAAAUGUGUCACCUUUUUCGCCCGGUUACACGAACGUAAGGGUAAUUUUCCUUCAAAUUCUGUUGAAAUCAUGCCGACAAAGAAAUUUUAAUAUUGGUUGCUAAGGAAGCCCAACAGCAAAUAGGAGAGACAAUUUGCUUGUGGCUGGAACAAUAUUAAAAUCGUUUCAUGCCGAAUGAAUAAUAAUACCUUCCAAUUUAGCCGUUCGAAAUAAAAAUGCAGCAGAAGACAUUUAACUAAACAAUAUUGUUAGCUGAUUGCUAACUGAGCUAGUGAAACAGUUGUUAAAGAUCAUAUCGACACCCCAGGCGUCUUGCGCCAUGUAUAUAUAUAUAUAUAUAUAUAUAUAUAUAUUGAAAGGUUUUAUAGUGACAAGGUUUUAUACUAAAAAACUGUUAGGCAAGACGUUUUUGUCAAGAGGGUGUUUUUUCCACAGUUGAACUGCCUUUAAAAACUUAUCGACAUUGUGUUUCUGUUUCACAUGUGAUCAGUUUUUUUUUUUUUUCCUUGCUCUAUUUAUUAACUGAAAACCUUUGCAUACUCUAUUUAGUACAGCAGUGGAAUUAAACGGAACAGACUGCAUGCAUGGGCAGAUUAUUACCGUGAUGCUGCUGGCUCAUGUCUGUCUUGUUUUAUUUUCUCGCUUAGGAAUAGUUAACGACAACGGCGGAAACGUUCUCAGGCAAAUUUAGUGAUAUUAGAGACGGCCUUUUUAUUUAUGCACUUUUGUGGUAAUUUGUAGUAGACCUGUCGCAAUUUGUAAGAAACAUGUCGGCCGCAAUUUAGGCUAAAGAGAAGGUACAUUUCUUUUAAUUAGCUAAGGUCUCGGUUAAUUCCAUCUGUUAUAACUGACAGACCAGACCGGUUUAGUUGUAAAGAGAAUAUUUAAAAUCCCGCCAGAUCAGAGCUAUUUAGAUUAAGAUCGGCAAUGUUGGAGUGUCCCUUUCCAUUUGACAAAAUUGUUGUCUCAAAUACCACUCUUUUGUAGAAACAAUAACCAAACGCGCCGUGGUUUUGGUCGGGUCGAUGUAUAGUUACAUUGGGCAAGGGAAUUUCCAACAUUUUAACCGGAAUUUUUGUUGUAUUGAAAGCGCCCAUUGGCUUAGAAUUACAGCGGUUAAGGCACGCAACUAUCCUCAUUUUCCUACCAACUGUGCUAUUACAGCUCGGUCAGUUACCUAAUGCGCAUGCGGAACACAUAAUUAUUAGAAAUUACCAAGUUUAUGACAAAGUAGGUCAAUAAAAAGGACUUCAGUCUAGUAACAUACAUCUGCCAGUGAAUAACUCACAACCUCCUGACACUUUUGCGAAGAGGAUAUUUUUCUUUUAUCUGUAGUUAAUAAGAACUUCUCUUAACUGCCGUUAGUACGGAUGGAGACCUGGUUUUGGAUUCUUGGAUGGGUCCUUUCCUUUCUUGCCAUCACUGGAAAUGGAUUUGUAAUCUUCCUCGUCUGCAGCAGACGAAAUCUCCGCACCAAAACCAACGCGUUUAUCGUUUCACUUGCAGUAGCGGAUUUUUGUGUUGCUUUGAGCGUUGUUCCUUCUUUGUUCGCAUGCGACGUUACAAACACCUGCUACUGGCCUAAGGUUUUUCCUUCAUGGAAAGAUGUCGUAAGGUGGCUGUUUAGCUACUUGUCUGUUUUAAACUUGUGUGCUCUGGUGCUCGACCGUUAUAUCGCCAUCGUAAAGCCUUUUAAAUACAUAACUUUUAUGACUCGAUCUCGUGUUAUUCAAGUGAUAACUUCCUGUUGGAUAGCGUCAUUUACGCUGGCUGCGUUCAAGACCGCACUUCGGCUUUGCUGCGAGACCCCUCUGACCAGUAUCGUUGCAGUUGUGGUUUCAAUGAUUUUCAUGGAAAUCGUUCCAUGCGUACUGCAAGUACUCUGUUUUGCGUCAAUCUUACUUCAUGUAUGGAAACAUGAUCGGUCAGCACGCACCCUAGCAAAACAGUUACGUUUUAACCACCGGAUAUCUUUUAAAACCCAUAACGAGAAGUCUGCAGUAAUAAUGAUGGGUAUUGUGAUAGGAGUGUUUGUUGUGUGCUACGGAAUAUAUUUGCGUUGUAGUCUAUUAGUAGUAUUUGACACAAAUGCAUCAUGUAAUGAUGAACAAUACAAAAUUCCUGUCUUGCUUUUAAACUCGGCCAUUAACCCACUGUCUUAUGCUUUUUUCAAAAGAGACAUAAAGAAAGAGUUUAAACGACUUAUCAGUCUGGUGGUUUUUAAGAAAAGUAACCAAGUAGAGCCUUCCACUUAUACGUUAGAUCAUUUUUGA